GGAGUUUUCAUUCAUUCAUGAUCUCUUUCACUGCAUACACUCCCUGAUCGGAUUUACAGAUAUAUCAAACUAAACCUGGGGGAACCGCGACAAUUAAACAAUAAAUAAUAAUAAUAAAGAACACAAGACACCGGGGGAUUGUUUGUAGUAUAACAGGGAUAAAGAUAUAUUGUAUAUUUGGGAUUAUUGAUUUGUUGGGGGUGGUGGAGAAGAAUGACAUUAAUACCGUGGAUUUUGUUUUCAUAACAGUCUCACUGUUUGCUUUUUUUUCUAUUUCCAAGAUGAAAAACUUAAGUUUACAAUUUAAAUCUAUAAAAUCUUCGAUGGAUAUCUUGGGUGGACGUUUUGCCUGAUUGUAACCAAAAGGAAUACCGUGGAAACAACUUAAAACAGAUCGCAGCCGCACGCUGAAGCAGCUCUGAAAUGCAUGAAAUUUGACGCUGUAUAAUUAUAAUCUUGCAUUUCUCUGCUCCGGGUUUGUACGGCAGUCGUUUUAGGUACUCCUGCAAGAAAUACAUCAGAAAGCGAGCAGCGACUGCAUCUGCGAGUGAAACCGAGGGAAGAAACGAAGCAAGGCGAGUCGGGCCACAGACGGAAACAAAGGGACGAGUAUGUGCUGAAUCUUGAAUAAGGACGUUUCUUAAAAAACAACGUGGAGUCUGCGUUCAUAUUUCCGGAAGCGAUAACAAUAUCUCUGGAUUGCUAUUGUUAUUUAUUUUUUAAAGUACCACAUGAGUGUUUUUUGUAUAAUUCUUAUAAUUACUAUGUUUUACUUCUGCUAAAUUCGCUGACUUGGCUGGGCAACCGACGCUUUAAAAACACAAUAGUAUUUCUUUGCUUUUUUUUCUGUGGCGAUCGGGAAGAACAAAGGAAGCCGGGAGUGGAAAACGAGCUUCAGUCGCAUUUCUGCUGCUGCUUGGACUACGAGAGGCCUGUGUCGGGCUGUGAUGUGCUUUUAACCCUCAGCGUGUUUUUAUUGUGUUCUCCAUUUCAAAUCUUUGAAAAAAAAUAAUAUAUAUAUAUAUAUAAUGUUUCCUCAGAACCGCCCCCCAGCCCCGCUGGCUCCUCCCCCCGGCUCGUCUGCCUCUGCUGCGGGCGCCCCCGGGACCCCCCAGUCUCUGAAACUGACGUACCCCGAGACUCUGGACCGCAUCAAAGAGGAGUUCCAGUUCCUGCAGACGCAGUACCACAGUCUGAAACUGGAAUGUGAAAAGCUGGCAACAGAGAAGACAGAAAUCCAGAGGCACUACGUGAUGUACUAUGAAAUGUCCUACGGCCUUAAUAUCGAAAUGCACAAACAGACCGAAAUCUCCAAGAGGCUGAAUGUGAUCUGCGCCCAGAUCAUUCCUUUCCUGUCUCAGGAGCACCAGCAGCAGGUGGUUCAGGCCAUGGAGCGUGCCAAGCAGGUGACUAUGGGGGAGUUGAAUGCCGCGAUAGGGCACCAGCUCCAGGCUCAGCACCUGUCCCACCAUGCACAGGGGCUCCCCUUGACCUCUCACCCCUCCGGCCUGCAGCACCCGGGUUUGGCAGCCCUAGGGGGGGGCUCUAGUCUGCUGGCCCUCUCGGGGGCCCUGGGGGUCCAGGCGCAGCUCGCAGCCAAGGAGGAGCGGAGCCACCUGGAGGCGGUGGCAGCAGCGGCUGAGCAUCAUAGAGGCUUCUUUCGGGGUGCUGCAUUUCUCGCCAUGGAAGCAGAUCGGGAGCCAGGGCCGAGCUCUCUGUCGAACGGGGACAAAGGCCGGGCUCAAGCAGACUACCUGAGCAACGGCAAGAAGAGGAAAGCCGAGGAGAAGGACUUCAUGACAGACUACGGUAGUGAUGCUGAUAAAAGCGAUGACAACUUGGUGGUGGAUGAGGACCCAGCCUCCCCGCGCAGCGUCCACUCCUACUCGUCCCGAGAGAACGGGCUGGACAAGCUGCACCUUCAGCGGAAGGAGCUGGCACAGGUCAGCCCCACUUCCAUGGGCUCGUCCGGCAGCGCACCCUCCCCGUCCCGGGGCAAGGAGCCCCCCGCGAAUGAGAAGUCCAGCACCCCCGGACUGAAGUCCAGCACUCCGAUGCCCCCGAGUGAGUCGUCCACGCCCGGCCCCAGUUCCGGGGCCAGCGCCAGCGGCAGCGCCCCACAAUUCAGACCCAUGCCUGGGAAGCCUGGGGUCGACCCCCUUGCUCUGGCUCUGCGGAACCCCCUGUCGAUGCAGGGCUCGUACCCUGGUUCGUUCGGACUGGCUCACCCCGGGGUGAACGGGGAGAUGGCAGUUGCAGCGGGGGCGUAUGCAGGGCUGCACCUCGUCUCCCCGCAGAUGAACGGAGCCGCGGCGGUCGCGGCUGCUAACUACGGACGCCCGCCGGUGGUGGGGUACGAGUCUCCCCACUCCCACCCACACCUCCGAGUGCCAGGACUGCCAGCCAGCAUGCAGGCCGCCUCCGCCGCUGCUGCCUCUGCAUCGGGGAAACCUGCCUACUCGUUCCACGUGAGCGCCGACGGGCAGAUGCAGCCGGUGCCCUUCCCUCCGGACGCUCUGAUUGGCCCGGGCAUCCCGCGCCACGCCCGGCAGGUCCACACGCUGAGCCACGGAGACGUGGUGUGCGCCGUGACCAUCAGCAACUCCACACGCCACGUCUACACCGGGGGCAAGGGCUGCGUCAAGGUGUGGGACGUGAGCCAGCCGGGCACCAAGAGCCCCGUGGCGCAGCUCGACUGCCUGAACCGUGAUAACUACAUCCGCUCCUGCAAGCUCCUCCCCGAUGGGCGGACCCUGAUCGUGGGCGGGGAGGCCAGCACGCUGUCGAUCUGGGACCUGGCCACGCCCACCCCCCGGAUCAAGGCGGAGCUGACCUCGUCGGCGCCCGCCUGCUACGCCCUCGCCAUCAGCCCCGACGCCAAAGUGUGCUUCUCCUGCUGCAGCGACGGCAACAUCGUGGUGUGGGACCUGCAGAACCAGACCCUGGUCAGGCAGUUCCAGGGCCACACAGACGGCGCCAGCUGUAUCGACAUCUCGAACGACGGGACCAAGCUGUGGACAGGCGGGCUGGACAACACGGUGCGCUGCUGGGACCUGAGGGAGGGCAGGCAGCUCCAGCAGCACGACUUCACCUCACAGAUCUUCUCUCUGGGGUACUGCCCCACCGGGGAGUGGCUGGCAGUGGGCAUGGAGAGCAGCAACGUGGAAGUCCUGCACGUCUCCAAACCGGACAAGUACCAGCUGCACCUGCACGAGAGCUGCGUGCUGUCUCUCAAGUUUGCAUACUGCGGUAAAUGGUUUGUAAGCACUGGGAAGGAUAACCUCCUGAACGCCUGGAGAACGCCCUACGGAGCCAGUAUAUUCCAGUCGAAGGAAUCCUCCUCUGUCCUGAGCUGUGACAUCUCUCCUGACGACCAGUUCAUCGUCACGGGUUCCGGUGACAAGAAAGCCACUGUUUAUGAGGUCAUCUACUGAGGAGGAACGAGCCAAUGAGACAAGCAGGAGGAGGCGGAGCUUUGAGAAUCCCUGAGCGUGUUGUUUACCAGUCGUCUAACUCCUGAAAGAAUGAUGUUACACUGCAGUGAUGGAAGGUAGCUUCUCGCUUAUUUCUAGACGCUAGCUUGAUUGACAAUGAAUGUUCUUGUCUGGAGAAACCUUUUUUUUAUAUAAAUAAUAAAUAAAAAAAAAUACGUAGUGAACAAAAAAUAAUAAACGUUAGUGAAGAAGAAUUUUGCAAAUGGACACGAGGCUUUGACUGGACUGUGAACAGCUAUGCGUACUGUUUCUAACCUGUGGACUGAUGUUUAGUAGUGGCCUCCACUGCAGUCAGUAAACCUGUGAGGGGUUUAUGAAGUUGUACAGUGCUGCAGUGUGAUUCCCUUCCUGCUGUUCUUUCACUGUUUUUAUGAACCACUUUUCCUCCUAAAAAGACCCCAAGCUACACUCGUCUGUUUCAAACCACUCUGGAGCCCUUGUGACUUUCGUUAACCUGCACGAAACCCCGUGCCAAAAAGAGGGCAGAUUGACUCUGACUCUGCAGAGACUGGUUUGUAAUUGCUUGUAAUCGGAGGGGGGUUGAGGGCUUGACUCGAUCACUAUCUAGAUUCCUGUAACCUCUGCAGGACUGCGUUCGAAUCCCAGUUUAUUCUCCGCAGUGGUCCCAUGUGAAGUCGGUAACAGUUUCUGACUCUCGUGUGGGAUUCAGGACGAUUUUUUGAAAAAUGACAGAAUUGGUCAAGAGAGGUCAAAUUCAUCCACUACUGCACCCUGAAGGGGGAAGACUCUUCAACUGCAGCAAAGGAACCGGACACUACUGUACCAGCGGGGAGAGAUCAUCUGUAAGAUUCGACACACAAAUUGUAUUGCGUUGUUGUUUUUCAGAUAUCUGUACUGCCUUGGGAACACUGUGUGUGUGUGUGUGUGUGUGUGUGUGUGUGUGUGUGUGUGUGUGUGUGUGUUUCUGAAUUGCAAACAGCCGAAAUACAAUGUGUACUUGCAACUCUGAAAAAGUGUUGAUUUCUUUUUAAAGGAAAAACAAUAAUAAUAAUGAUGAUGAUGAUGAUGAAGCGCAGUUCCAACGGCAGGUCUGCUUCUAACUCCUGUGGGGGGGUGGGGCGGUGGGGGGGGGGGUGUUUAAAUGCUUUUUAUUUUUUUUAUUAUUUGAGUAGAAAUUGAAACGCUGUUACUAUUGUUUGUCUUUCGUUCACUUGUUUGUUUUUUUUUUUUUUUUAACAUGGCAGUCGGACAGCUUUGCGACGGUAGGGUUCUGCUCAUUUUGGGAACAGUGCUGUGUUGUACUUUCUUGGGGGGUGGGGGGGUGUGUAUCAAGACCUAUCCAUUAUGGGAGGUUCUAGUUGUAGCUGAGAUGAAAUGACACCAAUAAAGUAUUUUGUAUGGCU